GCACAACCAGGCAGCCCAAGGAAGGAGAGGUCCCGGGGGUGGACUACAACUUUGUGACUGUUGAUCGGUUUAUGGAAUUGGAGAAAAGUGGAGCCUUACUAGAGAGUGGAACUUAUGAAGAGAACUAUUACGGCACCCCCAAGCCCCCGUGCGAGCCCAGCCCUCUGCUGCUAAAUGUAACAGAUCAGCUCCUGCCGGGCGCCCGACCCAGCUCCAAGGGGAAGAGGAAACGGAACAAGUCGGUCAGCAACAUGGAGAAGGCCGGCAUCGAGCCACCCGAGGAUGAGGAGGAGGAGAGGCCCGUUGUCAAUGGCAAUGGCAUCACCCCAGAGUCCAGCGAACAUGAAGACAAGAGUACAGAUGUCUCCUCAGGGGACGUCCCUCCCCAGACCUGUCCCCCCACCGAGACCCCCACCACCCCUAACAACGAGGUCCCCCAGGAGGAGGGGGGCGAGCUAGCCAAGUCGCCCCCCAAYCCAGAUGAGAAUGAGAGUGAGCUUGGCCCCCUGCCAGAGAACUGGGAGAUGGCCUACACAGAGAAGGGAGAGGUGUACUUUAUUGACCACAACACCAAGACGACGUCGUGGCUGGACCCGCGGCUGGCGAAGAAGGCGAAGCCACCAGAAGAAUGCAAAGAGGACGAGCUGCCGUACGGCUGGGAGAAGAUCGAUGACCCWAUUUACGGAAGCUACUAUGUGGACCACAUAAACAGACGGACACAGUUUGAGAACCCAGUCUUGGAAGCCAAGAGGAGAGUCCAGCAACACCAGCAAAUGCAAGAGCAGGGUCUGUCCUCGCUGCCCCUACCUACUAUCUACAGAGUGGUAGAGGAGGUUCCACUCUCCGCCACGUUACCAACAGCCACCCUGGCCCACAUCGGCCCGGCCCCGGAGCGCUGCCAGAGCCUCAGCGACCUCUCCCAGUCCCUCCCCCCGUGCCACAGAGUGUCGCUGUUGGGCCUGCACACCCACAUGCUCCCCACCUCCACCACCAACUCCCCACUGCGGCGCCCCCACCGUGCGCGGUGGGAUACGUCGUGCUGCCCACACCAGCACCUCCACCAGUCGCUUCACGCCUUUGUGGUAGAGCCGGCUGCUGUGGGUUCUAGCCCAUUCCCCCUGUGGUGCUCUCUCAGUGAUGUCAUCGUGUACAUCAAUGACGUGUGUGUCCUGGGCACCACCCAUGCCGACGUGGUCAAGCUGUUCCAGUCAGUGCCCAUCGGGCAGAGUGUAACCCUGGUACUUUGCCGUGGCUACCAGCUGCCCUACGACCCCGAGGACCCGGGCGCCAGCGCCGGCGCCACCACCACCACCCUCCUCUCCCCCCUGGGCCUGAUGGAGCAGCGCCCCCUCCUGGUCAACGGACGCUCCAACUACGACAGCUACAUGGACUACAUCUCGCGCACGGCACGCUUCGUCCAGGAGCACGGUGACCAACAUCUCAACGCCCACCACCACCAUCAACCCCCUCCGCCGCCGCACCCCGGCGACACCCACCUGGACGGCUCCUCCCUGACGCCCGGCGGGCCGCACGGCGAGGACUCGGUGUCCAUGGCYUCAUCGGGGGCGACGCAGGCGGAGCUGCUGACGCUGACCAUGGUGAAGGGGGCGGAAGGGUUCGGGUUCACCAUCGCAGACAGCCCGACGGGCCAGAGGGUGAAGCAGGUGCUGGAGCCCCAGGGGUGUCCUGGUCUGUGUGAGGGGGACCUGAUCGUAGACAUCAACCAGCAGGGAGUGCAGGGCCUCAGUCACACCCAGGUGGUGGAGCUGCUCAAGGAGUGUGCCGUCGGGGCUGAGACAAGCCUGGUCAUCCAGAGGGGUGGAGGAGGUCACUAUUCACCCUGGAAGACCCCUAAACAGGUAAAAUGCAUUGUCUUCCGAGCCUCAGCUCUCCCAUUAAUUCUAAUUGACUCAUUUAGUUAUGUGUGUGUUGUAUUAUUGUUUAUGGGUGCUCCCUCAAUCUCCCUUCCCCACACAGAGCCAGGCCUGCCGCAGACCAUCUUCUCUGUGGACCACUCAGGGGCAGAGUACCAGGAGGUGGAGGUCCACCUGAGGAGGCAGAAGUCCGGCUUCGGCUUCCGCAUCCUUGGGGGAGACGAGGCGGGACAGCCUGUGAGUCCGGACACCCGUGAGAAGAUUCUGAUUGGGGCCAUCAUAGAGAAGAGCCCUGCGGACAGAGACGGGCGCCUGCGGCCAGGCGAUGAGCUCAUCUUUGUGGAUGGGAUCCCGGUGGCGGGGAAGCCCCACCGCUACGUCAUCGACCUGAUGCACGGCGCUGCCCGCAAUGGACAGGUCAACCUCACCAUCAGGAGGAGGCUACAGGGCCCAGGAGAGCCGUGUCCAGAGAACGGCCGCAGCCCCGGCUCUGUGUCCACCCAGCACAGCUCCCCACGCAGCGACUUCACCAGUGCCACGUAUCCUGGCAACAACGCAGCCCCACCCACUGACGCCAUGGGUACAGGUAGCGCCACAGACGGAGAGCCGACCUCCAGCGUGCAGCAGCCACCGAGUGAUGUCAUUAUCCACCGCAAGGAGAGUGAAGGGUUUGGAUUCGUCAUCAUCAGCUCGCUCAACCGGCCGGAGACCGCCAGCGCCAUCAGCGUGCCCCAUAAGAUUGGGCGUAUCAUCGACGGCAGCCCGGCGGACCGUUGCGGUAAACUGAAGGUGGGUGACCGCAUCCUGGCGGUGAACAGCCAGUCCAUCAUCAACAUGCCCCACGCCGACAUCGUUAAGCUCAUCAAGGACGCCGGCCUCAGCGUCACCCUCCGGAUCAUACCACAGGAAGAGCUGAGCCCAUCAGCCCCUAGUUCACAGAAACAGAGCCCAGCAGUGACCCAGCAGCACAGUCCUCAGGCCCAGCCCAGUCCCACCGUGGGCCAGCCCAGCCCUGCUGUCACUCAGCCCAGCCCUGCAGUCACUCAGCCUAGCCCUGCAGUCACCCAGCCCAGCUCCCUGACCCAUCAGAGCCCCAUCACACAGACCCCAGCCCCCACACCGCAGAUCUACACCCACGACAGCAGUUACAGGUCAGAGGUGAAAGCGAGGCAGGACGUGAAACCGGACAUCCGGCAGCCUCCAUUCACAGACUACAGACAGCCCCCGUUGGACUACAGACACCCUCCUGUAGCAGACUACCGCCAGCCGCCCACCCUGGACUACAGACACCCUCCUCUGAUGGACUACAGACAGCUGUCCACUGACCCCAGGCACUUCCCUAUGCCUGUGCCCCACGACUACAGACAGAUCCAGCCACAGAUGCCACAGGACUUUGACUUCUUCACCGUGGAGCUGGAGAAGAGUAUGAAGGGGUUUGGUUCAGUAUCCGUGGAGGGAGGGUACAAGAUGGACCUGUUUGUCCUGCGACUGGCUGAGGACGGACCCGCCAUCCGCAACGGGAGGAUGAGGGUAGGGGACCAGAUCAUUGAGAUCAAUGGGGACACCACCAGGGACAUGACCCACGCCCGGGCCAUCGAGCUCAUCAAGUCAGGGGGCCGGCGGGUGCGUCUGCUCCUGAAGAGAGGCACAGGGCAGGUCCCAGAGUAUGACAGUACCUCCCCCUGGGAUGCACGCCCUUCAGCCUCCCCAAGUCUGUCGGAAGUAGCCCUGCCCCCAGACACUCUGACCAUGCCAUCGCCCUCAUCUCAUCUGACCCCGCCCCAGCAGCCACCAGGCCCCGACCUGGCUCACCUGCCACCGCAGGAGGUCCCGUGGGAGCCGGCGGCGCAAGAGAGCAGGUGGGUGGAUUGCUCCCAGAGCCCCCGGAAGGUCCCGACCGAGCCGCAUAAUCCGGAUCAGACCGGCCAUGGGAGGAGGGACCGCGACCAGCCUAGUGGGAGUGGUUGCAGUAGUGGGAGGGCCAAGCAGAAAGAAGGUGGCAGGUCCACCUGCAGAGGGAGUGGCCCCAAAGACGGGGGGCCGGUGGGGAGGGAUGAGCAGCUACCUGGGGGAGGGGAGCCCAAAAGCUCCUCCAGGGGGAGGUCUAAGGAGAAGAUAGCUGGGGAGAGCAGCAGCAUGUCCCACGGAAAAAGAGAAACCACCCAGUCCCCGACGAAAAACUCCAAGCCCUCAUACACAAACUCUAACGGGAACGGCGGCAGCGGUGGUACUCAGAGCGGCAGCAGCAGUCACCCAGACGUUAGUGUCGGGCAUCAGGGGGAGCCGGCGCAGGAGAAGCCCAGGCCCAGAGAGGCAGAGAGGCGCCCUGGAGAGACCCGGCCCUGCCGCCCCACSAAGAYCACCAGCAGRGGCAYCACYGCAGCYGGUAGGAAGGCCACCGUGUCCCCUGGGCCCUGGAAGAUCCCCGGCUCUGACAAGCUGCCCAGCACCCUGCGCUCGGGCACGUCCACUGUGAGCAGAUAACACCUUGGAGUAUACCCAUUACCAGACCCCCAGGCCGGGCUACACUAAGCCUGGCUAGCCCCUUCAUUGGCUCCCCUCGCCCUGCCUCCACUCCCCCACCCUCUAGACCUCAGAUGUAAAGGGGGGUUCCUCCAUGCGUUUUUAGAGAACCAUUUUUAUUUAUAUUGUACUCUAAAUUAUUUUGAGAGAUAUUUUACACCGACCACCUUAAGAACUGGAAAGCAUCCACUUAAAAAACAAGAAGAAACCAAGCAGAAUGUGUGUAGCGUGACUGGAUCCUUGAGCAGUGUUAAGGGGUCCGAAUACAGGAACUUCAUUUGGAAGUGCUCAAAUCCCCACAGCACUCCAGUCGAGGACGUACAUGCAAAUUGAACCACUCACCGAUUGGUUGACUGUGACACUGCAGUUUUUUUUAUACAAUGGAGUCUAUUUUAUGAAAAGGAAUGUUGAAGAGGGGUUGCCUGUUUGUGUAUUUUGAAAAGAGAGAAUGAAAACCAGAACUAGAAAAAGAGUAUACGCAUUAAUGGAACUUUGCCUUAAAUAAGAGACUGUGCGAGGCUGAAGAAGCUAUCCCGAGUAAUCUAUCAAAUGGUAUAGAAAUAAAUCUAUUAUAUGAUGAGUAUUAAUAUGUGGGACAUGUGAUCAUCUCUAAUGCAUACCUAGUUGGGCCAAUGGUAGUUCUGAGACGCCUCAUAAGCUAGGCGAGCGAAGGAACACAACACAAUUUUUCAACACUCCAUUAUAACUCCACAGCCCAGCCUUGGAUAUUGCAUUUCUAGUCUGUGUGGACCCAUUCUACGAGACUGCAGUGGACUCUAAGGGCUGUUCGUGCUUGAGUAAUCAACGGUUGGGUCACAGGAGAAACAUUUCCCCCUCACUGUGCUUCGCGAACAAAGCAAUUUGCUGAGGUUUGUCUGUUGGACACUGUGGAGAGAGUGAAGGCUCAUGGGAUAUCGGGGCAGAGUGCCUUACGAUCAGGGACCGACGGACAGAGAGGUCUGUUAUGGACUUAAAGAACCUAGAACACUCUCUAGACUGAUGUGAUUCAAUCCAGGCUGCUACCGUACAGUCAAUACCAAUGUCCCAAUAUUCAUAUACAUCUGUGCCAUGACGGACAUUCAUGUUUUUAUAUCUGAUUGUUGAAAUUUGUUCACUAUAUUUACAGACCCCACAGUAUUUAUUUGGUCAGAAAUCAUUAGCAGAUCUUUCCAUUUCCUUACAGAUUGAAGUCYGUUCCACAACUUUUUGGUGUUCUGUUGGCAUCUCAUCGUCAGAUAUCGAAACGUCUAGGCAGAACAUCUCUAACAGAUGGUGUAAUCAAGCUGUAGCUACACAGAAUGACGUGUUUGGGUGAAAAUAUGGCAAGUGUAUGAAAGCAGGAAACUACACUAGUAUUUCUGGUGGGGAUCAGAGAGAGAGAGAAACAUUGCCAUUUGUCACGAGCUCAUUCAUCACAAUGUGUCUAAUGGUCUGUGGCUUCACUUAACGCUGUUCAUUUACACAACACAUGAAACACUUUUAUCUCCCAAAGACGCGUAUGUAUACAUUACAACUGACAACUGUCUGAAUAUUCAUCUCCACAUUUGUUUAGUCUCUAAGUGAUGCCGUCUACAUAGCCAGCUACGUUAAUAUACUGUAUAUAUACACAUUUCUCUCUACCAGAUUGUGUUCCAAUUAACUUAGGAACUCUAGACAGUGGAGGCUCUGUCAGUGGCCCUGUCUGCACUUUACUAUUACCAGUUUACACAGACACACACACACAGGUACACAGUUACACACACGCGUCCCUCAGAACCGCCUUGUCAUCCGAUGACUAAGGCAGAGUUUUUUGUUUUUUUAAACUCUCURAAACCCUCUCUCUGGCCCUGGGACUCACAGAAGCUAAUUCAUCUGUCACUCUGAUAACUAUUAUACUGUACAUGGAGAUGUGGAGAGACUACAAUCAUCUAGUCAUUAUGAUCGUUGACAGACAUAAGAAUCAUUCUUGGCGAUAAAAGAAAAGUCAUUAAGGAGCAAUCCGAAUGUGUCCCCUUUAGUUUCUGCAGACAUCUGAUUUUUGAGUGGUAAUUUGCAGUGUGUCGAGCUAACAAUCCAGCAAAGAGAGGACGACAUUGGCAGAACAAAGCUGUCCCCCUCAGGUGGAAGAAAUGCAGACAGUCUUUCAGAAUAGGAGUAAUACGGGAGAGGUGAGUGAUGCUCUGAGCCCAUUGGAAUCUCUAUUUACGAGAGGAAAAUAUAUUUCUUUAAAGCACAAAGUGGUUCAGAGAAUUGGCAUACAAAUUGUGCUGGGGAACUGACCCUGAGUAGACAGGCGUCUGUGGCUCAGCCACUGUCUGGGCCUGUUUGAAUACUUUAACAAUGCAUCCUUCCUCUCUUCCUUCUCUCUUUCCUAACGUCUUGUAAGAACAGUGGUUACUUCAAGUAAGUAGGCAGCAGGUAGCCUAGAGGUUCAGAGCGUUGGGCCUGUAACUGAAAGGUUGCUGGUUUGAAUCCCGAGCCGACUAGGUGGAACAUCUGCCCAUGUGCCCUUGAGCAAGGCACUUCACCAUAAUUGCUCCGGAUAAGAUCAUCUGUUAAAUGACAAUAAAGACAUAUAUAAUAAUGUAAAGCAGGUACAUUCAUGUUAAGUGUCACUGGUUACUUCAAGGAUUCAUUUGAACAGUGCCACUGUGUUCACUCCACACACAACCAUUCCUAGUGUCUGGACAGUCCUGACUGUAUACUGCACCUUCAUCACUAAGCCUAUCAUGACUUCUGUGUAGACUAGAGACAAGGAAGAAUGUCCUUCCUUCGUUGCACAGUUCGCCGCUUUUUCUCGUCAGAGCAGUCCCCCAUUGAGGCAAAUGUCAGUUCUUUUCUAUGGACAGAUCAGAAGAGAUAGGUUUAUCUAAAACGGUGAGUGUGUUGAAGACUGACGCCACGUACAAUACAUGAACCCCCUGAGCCUACCUAAUGCAGCAGGGUAUCACUGUGUAGUGUUAUUAUUAGCCGUGUUAUUGACCUUGUACAGGUGUGUUGCUAUUAUAAAUAUGACUCAAUGUAUUAUUAUGGAUAGUCCCAGACUUUAAGUGAACGACCUAUUUUUAUGAAAUGCAACACUAUGGAUAUAUUAACUUUUGCAGAAAUCUUGUUUACCGUAUGAUAUUUCUGAAAUGCUGUCAAAUAAAAUCUUGYCACGGUG